UUUCAACCGACUUUAUUUACACUGAACGCCUCGGCAAUAGUAGCUAAUUUGUGUGACGUUUAGGGUGCGUAAGCGUGUGACGCGGCGUCCCUUUGUUGGUUCAGCAGCGGUGGCGCUUGUGUUGUUAUUUUCUCUGCGGCUGAAAAUUUUCAAGUCUGUGUGGAAGUAUUUAUUUUUUUUUGUAAAUAUAUAUUUUUCAUUUGGAUCUUUUACCUGAAUCCGACUAAUAUAGUAAUGGACUCGGACGAAGGAUACAAUUAUGAAUUCGACGACGAAGAGGAGUGCAGCGAAGACAGCGCUGAAGAGGAGCUCGAAGACGACACCCUGGAGCUCGGAGAGGUGGAGUUGGUCGAUCCUGCCGAGGCCGGCGGCGAGCGGGAUGUAUGCGGGGAGACCGGGAGCAGCGGCCUGGGGCCCGGCCAAGACGAGGAGGAUUACCGCUUUGAGGUGCUCACCGCGGAUCAGAUCCUCCAACACAUGGUGGAGUGUAUCAGGGAGGUCAACGAGGUCAUCCAGAACCCAGCAACAAUUACAAGAAUACUACUUAGCCACUUCAACUGGGACAAGGAGAAGCUGAUGGAGAGGUACUUUGAUGGGAACUUGGAGAAGCUGUUUUCAGAAUGUCAUGUUGUAAACCCUAGUAAGAAAUCCCGGACACGCCAGAUGAACACAAGGUCCUCGGCACAGGACCUGCCGUGCCAAAUCUGCUACCUGAACUACCCCAAUGCGUAUUUCACUGGCCUGGAGUGUGGACACAAAUUCUGCAUGCAGUGUUGGAGUGAAUACCUAACUACCAAAAUCAUUGAGGAGGGAAUGGGACAGACUAUUUCCUGCCCAGCUCACAGCUGUGAUAUCCUAGUAGAUGACAAUACAGUUAUGAGACUCAUAACAGAUUCAAAAGUGAAGUUGAAGUACCAGCAUUUAAUUACUAAUAGUUUUGUAGAGUGCAAUAGACUGUUAAAAUGGUGCCCUGCGCCUGAUUGCCAUCAUGUUGUUAAAGUCCAGUACCCUGACGCUAAGCCGGUCCGCUGUAAAUGUGGCCGUCAGUUCUGUUUCAACUGUGGUGAAAAUUGGCAUGACCCUGUCAAAUGCAAGUGGUUAAGGAAGUGGAUAAAAAAGUGUGAUGAUGACAGUGAAACUUCAAACUGGAUCGCAGCUAACACCAAGGAGUGUCCCAAAUGCCAUGUUACCAUUGAGAAAGAUGGCGGUUGUAAUCACAUGGUCUGUCGUAACCAGAAUUGUAAAGCUGAAUUCUGUUGGGUCUGUCUUGGACCCUGGGAACCACAUGGAUCUGCUUGGUACAACUGCAACCGCUACAAUGAAGAUGAUGCUAAAGCAGCGAGAGAUGCCCAGGAGGUAAAGUCCGGAACCGGGGAUGGAGGGCUAGCUAAGCGCUCCCGGGCAGCUCUACAGAGGUACCUGUUCUACUGCAAUCGCUACAUGAACCACAUGCAGAGUCUGCGCUUUGAGCACAAGCUGUACGCUCAGGUCAAGCAGAAGAUGGAGGAGAUGCAGCAGCACAACAUGUCCUGGAUCGAGGUGCAGUUCUUGAAGAAGGCUGUGGACGUGCUCUGCCAGUGCCGUGCCACACUCAUGUUCACUUACGUUUUUGCAUUCUACCUCAAGAAGAAUAAUCAGUCCAUUAUCUUUGAGAACAAUCAGGCAGACCUGGAGAAUGCCACCGAGGUGCUGUCUGGGUAUCUGGAGCGUGAUAUUUCGCAGGAUUCACUGCAAGACAUCAAGCAGAAAGUGCAAGAUAAGUACAGAUAUUGUGAGAGUCGGCGAAGAGUGUUGCUACAACAUGUGCAUGAAGGUUACGAGAAAGACCUCUGGGAGUAUAUUGAGGAUUGAGGAUAACCCCGCUUACAAUGAACUUGGAAAAUAACUUUACCAACUAGAGUGCUGAUGCAAUUAAACUGGGUGGCACUGGCCUCUGCUGACACCGCUGGUCUACUCCGCAAUGUCAUCCUUUUUUUUUUUUUUUUUUUCUGUUUUUGCUUAAUGGAAAGUUUAAAGUAAAUUAUAUUGUAAUAAAAAGGUAGAUACAAGACUGACGAAAUACAAAGUGUACAACAGUAUUGUAAGCAGCACAGUGGAGUUUGACAAGACACUGAAAAAAGAAACCCUGCCCUCCGAGCUCGUGACGUAGAUUCCUUCUUGAAAGAGGACGCUUUUUUUUUGUUUGUUUCCUUUUUUUUUUCCUUGUGUGUAGGAAAUUGAUUUACAUUUUGUUUUCAACACAGCUUUAAAUGUACAACUAGCCAUGUAUAUUGUUGUGGCGGAUUGGCUAAAUGUAAGGACUCUUACAGGAGCAAAACCUGUGUUAAAACGGUGUACAUUGAUAUGAAAGUUGUAAAUAACGCAUAUGCAUGGAAGAGUUUAAACAACAAGCUUAGCACGUGUUUGCAUAAUUUUUAAAUUACAAAAAAAAAAAUCAAGAUGGUGUAUAUUUGCUGUGUAGUUUCUUAAGUUCUUUAUUAUUAUUAUUAUUAUUAUUAUUAUUAUUAUUAUUAUUAUUAUUUCUUCUCUUUCCCCAGCUUUUUAAAAUUUGAUUUUCCUUUUAUGUGGGAGGAUGGAAGGAAGGGGGCGACUGGAUGCUAACCAGAGAAUUCUAGCUAGAUCUGCCGCUUUUAUCACUCUCCAUUGUUAACACUGCAGCUCCCUUCAACAGCAGCAGUAAAAUCCAAAGCCUGUAAAUGCUCUUGAUUGAAACAUAGAAGGAGUUUUUAAGAAGAAGAAAAAAAAAUACACUUUGUAAGCUGCAUUUUA